UCAAUUUUUGGUUGUUAGUAUAUUCUAAAGUUGAUGCGGAGCGUGCACAAGUAUAUUCGUGUAAGUUGCAAGAGAUCAGCAGACAACUGGGAGUACUUAUUCAAGAACCAGUGCAUAUUCAGUUGGAAGACGAAUCAACCGAAUCUUAUGUAUCAGCGUUACGUGCAAAUCUUACUCCAAAAAUUCAACUUGUAUCAAUUAUUGUUAAAUCUCGACGUAUUGAUCGUUAUAAUGCCAUUAAAAAGGUUUGCUGUGUUGAAAUACCCACUGCCACAGAAAUUGUUUUACGCAGUACGAUAGCCGACGAUGAUAUACUGCCAUCUGUUACAUUCAAUAUUGCGCGUGAUAUAAACUUUAAACUUGGGGGUGAAAUUCGUCCGAUAAAUAUUAAUAUGCAAGAUUAUAUAGCAAUUGGCUUAGCCACAUGGACAUCGUCGUGUGUCAGUUAUACAUUGCCGCAUCAUUUAGAUUAUGUUUUGGCUAUUGUUAGUUCUCUAAAUAAUUCAUUGUCAGAAUGGUUUAGUCAUGCUAACUCAUAUGUGAAUGAUAAUGAUUUACAUAAAAAUGCUGGUACACUUGUUCGGAUGGCCCUUGAAGCUUAUUAUCAAAUAAACAGAGUUUAUCCCGAACGAAUAUUAAUAUGUCGAGAUGUAUUUUCAACACUAGAUGAUAUUGAAAAAUUAACAAAAAUUGAGAUACCAUCCAUAGUUGAAUGUUUCCAAACAUUGAAAUAUUGUCCACUAGAUUAUAAACCAAAAUUAAUUAUAUUUACAUUGCAAAAACAAAUGAUUUAUAAUUAUUCAGAUUAUGUUAAAACAGAAAAAGUAACAAUUCCAAACAAAAAUGAAACAUCAUCCUAUCAUUUUUAUCUUUCAUCACAACGGGAAGAAUAUUCUUCAAUAACGGCCAGACAAUUUCUUGUUUUGUAUGAUAACACUAAUUAUCCAGUCAGUUUUAUUCAACAGACAAUACUUAGGCUUACAUUACACGGUCAUCAACGAAGAAACUUUUUUAUACCAUCCGUUUGUCGAUUUGCUCAUCGUUUGGCUGCACUCACUGGUGAAACACUUGGGGAACUACCCAAAAUUGGUAGUAUAACGAAUUUAUUUUAUCUUUAA